AGCAAGAAAAUAUUUGCUGCUUUAAAAAAAAGUUGCCUUAUAAGCGUGACUGCAGAUUACUCAGAUUUCAGUAAUCAAAAAUGCCUUGUUUAUUCAGAAGAAGAGCUGAAUUUUUCAUAUAAAAGCGCGGUUCAACAUUUUGAUCUCCCUUUUUUAAUUUAUUUCUAUCAAAGAAAAAUACAAAUUAAAAUGGCUCCCAAGGUUUACAUCAUCAUCUACUCUCUCUACCACCACAUCUAUACUCUUGCCCAAGAAGUCCAAAAGGGUCUCGAAUCUACUGGUGUUGAAGCCAAGAUUUUCCAAGUCCCCGAAACCCUUACUGAAGAAAUCUUGACAAAGAUGCAUGCUCCCCCCAAGCCUGAUGUUCCCGUCAUUACUGUCAACGACUUAAAGGAUGCUGAUGGUUUCUUGUUUGGUAUUCCUACUCGUUUUGGUACCAUGCCUGCUCAACUCAAGGCCUUCUUCGAUGCCACUGGUGGUCUCUGGGCCUCUGGUGCUUUGGCUGGUAAGUUUGCUGGUACUUUCUUCUCUACUGCCUCUCAACACGGUGGUCAAGAAACCACUGCUUUCACCACUGUCACUUACUUUGCUCAUCACGGUAUCAUCUACGUCCCUCUUGGUUUCGCUAACCCUCACUUGUUUGACAACUCCGAAGUCGUUGGUGGUUCUGCCUAUGGUGCUGGUACUAUUGCUAAUGGUGAUGGCAGCAGACAAGUUACCCAAAAGGAAAAGGAAAUUGCACAAACCCAAGGUGAAAACUUUGGCAAGAUUCUUUCCACCUACGUCAAGGGCAAGAAUGCUGCUUAAACAUUAGAUUGCAUGUACUUGUUUUAUCAUUUUCCUUUCGUCUAUUUUAAAUAAACACUAUCUGUUCAUCAUACUUCAUUGCAAAAC